UAAUAAUGAAAUGGUUGCACUCCAGCGAGAACCUAAUAAUCCAUAUGACAAGAACGCUGUUAAAGUGAACAAUGUUAACGGAGACCAGGUUGGCCACAUCAAAAAAGAGCUGGCAGCAUGCUUGGCAUACAUCAUGGAUCAAAAAUUGGCAGUGAUAGAAGGAGUUGUUCCUUAUGGAGCAAAUAAUGCUUUCACUAUGCCAGUACAGUUGAGCUUUUGGGGAAGACAGGAAAAUAAGCAAGUGGUUCUAAAUCGACUUAAAAUGCAUGGAUUUAAGUUAGCUCCCACAGGAAAAGGUUCUGAAUUUGAUUUUGGGACUAAUUGGAAAUCUGGAAAAGCUGGAACAAGUUACAGUGCUCCAAUCCAUGCUGCUGUACAAAUGACAAUUGAACAGCUUAAAACUGAAUUUGACAAACUCUUUGAAGAUCUGAAGGAAGAUGAUAAAACCCGUGAAACAGAAGCAGCAGAGGCUAUUUCAACUCCAUUGCUUCCACAUCAGAAGCAAGCUUUAGCUUGGAUGAUUUCGCGUGAGAACAAUCAGAAAUUGCCUCCAUUUUGGGAAGAGAGGGAGAGCUAUUUCUACAAUACAAUUACAAACUUUGCUGAAAAAAAGCGACCAGAAAAUGUUCUUGGAGGAAUAUUGGCAGAUGAUAUGGGUUUGGGUAAAACAUUAACUAUCAUUGCAGUGACUCUUACCAAUUUUCAUGAUGGCCUACCUUUUCCUGUUCAAAGGAAAAGUAAUCAAGUGAAGGAGGAAUGUGUUUCUGCUGGGAAAAAUAACAUUGAAGUACCCAAGUGUGGCUUUCAGAUGAAUACUUCUGACAGAAAGGAGCAAGAUGAUUCGGUUCCUUCUCAGUCAUCCAGACUGCGUCCAAAAAGAGAUACAGGAAGGAAACCAAAGUAUACAGUAUGCAGUGACUCUGAACCUGAAGAGCAGGAAACACAAAUAAAAACUAAAGUGGGGAAAAAGCGUGCAGCAACAAGAAAAAGAAGAAAAGCUUCUUCUGAUAUUCAGGAAGAUGAAGCAUUUGGCUCUGCUCUUGGGGAAACCACAGUGUCUUUAAAAAAGGCAAAGAAAAAAGGUGUUCCUACUGUACAGGAUAAGAAGAAUGAAGCUGACAAGAGUCUUAGAACAACUCUGAUCAUUUGUCCACUUUCUGUCCUAAGUAACUGGAUUGACCAGUUUGAACAACAUGUUGAUCCAGAUGUUCAGUUGAACCUAUAUGUUUACUAUGGCUCUGAGCGCAGCAAAGAUCCAGCAAUACUUUCAAGGCAGGAUGUUGUAUUAACAACAUACAGUGUUUUGGCAAGUGACUAUGGAGCCCGAGGUAAUAGUCCUUUGCACAAAUUAAAGUGGCUGAGAGUGGUGUUGGAUGAAGGACACACCAUACGAAAUCCAAAUGCUCAGCAAACAAAAGCUGUAUUAGAUCUAGAUGCACACAGAAGAUGGAUUUUGACAGGUACACCGAUUCAAAAUUCCUUAAAGGACUUGUGGUCUCUUCUUUCGUUCUUAAAGCUGAAGCCAUUUACAGAUAAGGAGUGGUGGCACAGAACAAUCCAGCGUCCUGUUACUAUGGGAGAUCAAGGAGGGCUUAAGCGUUUACAAUCCCUGAUUAAAAGUAUUACACUUCGAAGAACUAAAACAAGCAAAGUAAAAGGGAAGCCUGUUUUGAAACUCCCAGAGCGCAAAGUAUUCAUCCAGCAUAUUACACUUACAGAUGAAGAAAGCUUAAUCUAUAACUCUGUGAAAAAUGAAAGCAUAGCAGCUGUUAAAAGGUAUUUUAAUGAGGGAACUGUCUUGAGCAACUAUGCACACGUUCUUGGUGCUUUGCUGAGACUGAGACAGUUGUGCUGUCACCCAUCACUCUGUAUAAGCACAUCGUCAUCUAGCAAUAUGGGAGGUAACAGUACUCCUGAAGAGCUACGUGAGAAAUUAAUAGAGAGGAUGAAACUAGUUUUAAGCUCUGGAUCAGAUGAAGAAUGUGCUAUAUGCUUAGAGUCACUGAACUUUCCUGUGAUAACACACUGUGCUCAUGUGUUCUGCAAACCAUGCAUCUGUGAAGUUAUUCAAAGGGAGAAGGCAAAUGCUAAAUGUCCUCUUUGCAGGAAAGAGGUUGGAUUAGAACAUUUAGUAGAAUGUUGUUUAGAGGAACCUGAUAGUGGAAAAAAGACUGACCAAGAAUGGGUAUCUAGUUCAAAGAUCGAUGCACUCAUGCAUGCUUUGAUAGAACUAAGGGAGCAAAAUCCCUCUGUCAAGAGUUUAAUUAUUUCUCAGUUCACAAAAUUCCUGUCUUUAAUAGAGAUUCCACUAAAAGAAUCUGGAUUUGUCUUUGCUCGCUUAGAUGGGUCUAUGACACGGAAAAAAAGAGUAGAGGCAAUUCGGCAGUUCCAAAGCAAUGAAGUAGGAUCUCCAACUGUAAUGUUGCUAUCUCUAAAGGCUGGUGGCGUUGGUUUGAAUCUAACAGCAGCUUCACGGGUAUUUUUAAUGGAUCCAGCCUGGAAUCCUGCUGCAGAGGAUCAGUGCUUUGACAGAUGUCACAGACUUGGGCAGAAGCAGGAUGUCAUCAUCACUAAGUUCAUUGUGAAGAAUUCUGUGGAAGAAAAUAUGCUGAAAAUUCAACACAAGAAGAGAGAACUUGCAGCUGGAGCUUUUGGAACUAAAAAACCUUCUAGUGAAACAAAAAUUAAGGACAUCAAGACCCUGAUGGAUUUAUAAUUUGAAAUAUUAGAAUGAAGUUCAGUUUAGGCAAGAUUGAAUGUGAUGUGGUUGUUCAAACAGCACAUCUGCAUUAAAAAUUUCAAAAGCAUGAGUAAAGCAGUUCCUUACACAUUAAGCUUUUCAUUUGAAGUAGGACUUAUAUUUUCAUAUUUAGGGUUUAAGGUUCAUCUGGCUGUUCUUCCAAAGAAGGAAUACUAAGCUGUAAGAGGUGGGCAGGCUGUUUCUGAGCAACAACAUAUGUAAUUUGUGCUCUGGCAACAGUUCUUGUGUAAAUGAGUUGGAUAACUUGAUUUCUUUUUGUGCUUAGAAUAGUAUUGCUAGUUUUAUAAGAUCAGGAUGUACAUUGUAUAGGAUAAAAACAAACUUUAAAAGGCUUUUCCAAAAGUUUAAAAGCCUAGUAGUUAAUUUACGUGCAUUUUUAUUUCAUUGCAUGCUACUUUAAAAAAAUGUUGAAUUCUGAAACAAUCUGUAUCAUGCUAGAAAUAGAAAUUGGAAGUGACCAUAGCUUGCAAACAACAAACAUGCUAGGUGCAUGUUAGUCUUGCCCUUUCAUGUUGAGUGGGGAUAUCUAAGUGAGAAUUCCAAACCUAAUAUUUUGCUGGCAAGUGCAGGAGCAAAACCCUGGGAAGAGUGGCUUGGAAAAACACAUAUCUGAUCCAGACUAUUUUGAAGGCAGCCUUACUAGUGUGUUUAGCCCACUUGGAAGCCAGAAGAAAUAGGCUACUUAAGAACUGUUGGCUUUCUGACCUGCACUCAAUGGAAAACUUGGAUUACAAUGGUAUAAUAUCACCAACAGGCUUCCUUUCUCAGUCAACAUGGCAAAGCUUCAGUGGGGAUUUUAUUAAUGGAGCUGGUAUCUGUUACCUACCGGCAGUGAAUUCAGUGGAUUGAAAUAUUUGUUUGAAUUAUUACUCUGCCUCUGUUUUACUGCUAUGAGUGAUGUAACAAUUAUCUCAAUAGUAAAAAAAACCUCAGUAACUUGUGCUAGUUUUAUUUUUAUGUAAAUAAAAUUAUGGCUUUUUGGAG